AUGGCCUCUCUUCAUGAUACGCCGGAAGAGUUAGAUGCAGCUAUUGUUGGUGCUGGAUUCUCCGGAAUCUACAUCCUCUAUCGCUUGCGCCAGCUCAAUCUCAACGUGAAGAUCCUCGAGGCCGCAACAGACCUUGGUGGGACCUGGCAUUUGAAUAACUACCCCGGGGCACGAGUGGACUGUCCAAGCCCUAUUUACGCAUUUGGGAUCGAGGAGAUCUACACAAAGUGGAAAUGGUCGGAACUAUAUCCAGCCCAAGAGGAAUUCCAAGCCUAUUUCCACUUUGUUGAUGAGGUCUUAUCUAUCAGCAAGGACUGCAUGUUCGACUCACGGGUGACAUCCGCCACAUUUGACACUCAAUCUUCGAAAUGGUUCCUGCGAACACAAGACGGAAAGAGAGUGGUCGCCAAGUAUUUUAUUCCAGCCGUGGGGUUCGCAGCCCAACCGUACACCCCUUCCUGGAAAGGCCUCGAGUUAUUCCAAGGCGAAAUCCAUCACACUUCCACAUGGCCCCAGGGCGUGGAUCUGAAAGGAAAACGUGUUGCAGUCAUCGGAACCGGGUCUACGGGAGUGCAGCUAAUCCAGGAAGUGGCAAAAGAGGCAGCAGAGACCUUCGUGUUUCAGAGAACCCCGAACAUGGCUCUGCCAAUGCGCCAGAAAAAGCUCACUCCAGCUGAGAAAGAUGAAAUGAGCGCAGAGGCGCAGGAGCUUUUCCGACUUGCUUGGACCACUGGAAAUGGCCUCGCGUGGGGACCAGAGCCCAAGAUAUAUUCUCAAUUCUCACCAGAUGAAAUCCAACAGAUCCUGCAUCAAUUAUAUACCGAUGGCGGCUUCCGUUAUUGGUCGGGAGGCUGGCUUGAUCUUCUUGCAGAGCCCGAAGGAAAUCGAAAAGCUUACGACUACUGGGCCAAGCGAACACGAGAGCGCAUCCAGGAUCCAGUAAAGCGUGAUCUGCUGGCCCCUCUCGAGCCACCUCAUCCCUUCGGCACAAAGCGCCCUUCUCUGGAGCAGGACUAUUAUGAACAAAUGGAUAAGCCAAAUGUCCACCUCGUGAACACGCGUGCGCAUCCCAUCAUUGAAUUCACCCCAAAGGGCAUUGUGACUGAUGACUGCGAGACCUACGAGGUAGAUGUGGUUGCUCUUGCCACGGGAUAUAACGCUGGCACCGGUAGUCUAUACCAGCUAGGAAUCAAAGAUGUCAACGGAGUUAAUUUGGAAGAACGCUGGCGUGAAGGCAUCGCCACAUUCUUGGGAAUGACGGUUCAUGGAUUCCCUAACAUGUUCUACCCUUACGGUGUCCAGGCCCCAACACCGCUGACGAACGGUCCUAUAUUCAUCGAUUUCCAGGCCAGCUUUAUCCGUGACAUUAUCAAAAGAGCCGAGCAGGAGAAUAUCCGGUCGUUAGAUGCAAAGAAAUCUGUGCAGGAAGCAUGGACUGCCCAGCUCCAUGCCAUUGGAAGCCAGACUUUGCUACCCCAAGCUGACUCCUGGUACAUGGGGGCUAACAUCCUGGGGAAGACAAGAGAGAAUGCUGUAUUUCGCCGGAGGGCUUCAUAUGUACCGGGAUAUAUGUGGAGAGACUGCUGGCGCGAAGUUUGA